CUGUGGGCAUAGGAUAAUGUAGUGCAUGGACGAGAAAAUUCAAGCCAAGGAAAUGAUCAGUACGUCAAUUAAUAAGCUCUUGAAAUUUAUUUUCAAUUUUCCUUUUAAUACUCUCUCCGUCUUAAUUUAUGUGAAUGCUACUUGCUAGAAGUUUAAGACUGCAAAUUCAUCCAGGCCAGCCCUAGUUCCUGUGUAUAAAAUGAAAAGUUGGUUAAGAAGAAAAUCAGUCUGUUAUAGUGAAAUGUUGUUACAAUGAAUGAUUGUUAUAACGAGGUUUGACUAUAUCACGGGUUGGUCAACCUACACCACCCGUUAAGACAAAAAAUAUCAGUACGUUGCCGCGUGAUGCAAAUAAAAUCUUCAGUAAAAUACAUGUAGGAACUUGUGGCUUUGGUGGAACAGGCACGGUUUAGGAUCAGUAACAACACUACAAAAUGAACAAGCAUAAUUUCAAUUCUCUUCACAACAGCAAACUGUUUAAGGAAAGAAUAAGAAAAAAGAAAUAUAAUAUUAGUUAUAAAAAUGGAAGUGAUGCAGGUACUUCACAUGAACUAUGGAGAAGGAGAAACUAGCUAUGCCAAAAACUCCAAUAUUCAGAGGAAGAUAAUAUCAACGACGAAUUCAAGACUUAAGGAAGCAAUUUUGAACAUUAUGUGCAACAACAAAAAGGUGCCAGAAAGCAUUGGCAUUGCAGAUUUAGGUUGUUCCUCAGGACCAAACACUUUAAUGGUGUUCAAAGAGAUUAUAAAUAUCAUAUAUGCAACGUGUCGAAAAACGGGGAGCUCCUUCCCAGAGUUGAGAGUUUCUCUUAAUGAUCUUCCAGGCAAUGAUUUCAAUUACAUAUUUAGGUCAUUGCCUAAAUUCAUUCAGAAAAUAAAAGAAGAAAAAGGUUCAGAAAAUUGCUAUGUUGUUGGAGUUCCUGGUUCAUUUUAUGGAAGGCGUUUCCCCAACAAGAGCUCGCAUUUUGUUCAUUCUUCGUCUAGUCUCCAUUGGCUCUCACAGGUUCCAUUUGGUUUGGCUACUAAUGCAAGAACAACCCUAAACAAAGGGAAGCUAUACAUAUCACAGACUAGUCCAAGUGACGUCAUCAAGGCAUACGUGUCACAAUUCCAGAAUGACUUCUCCUUAUUUCUCCGAUCACGGUCGCCGGAGAUGGUUCCCGGAGGGAGGAUGUUGCUGUCACUAAUGGGGAGGAGCUCUAUUGAUCCCACCAUUGAAGAUGGCUGUUACUACCAAUGGGAACUCCUUGCACAUGCACUCUCUAUUUUGGUCUCCAAGGGCCUAGUCGAAGAGGAGAAAAUAGACUCCUUUAAUGCACCAUACUAUGCACCAUGUCCUGAGGAAUUGAAAAUUGCUGUAGAAAAAGAAGGCUCAUUUAUCGUUAAUCGUAUCGAAGCUUUUGAGAUUGAGUGGGACGCUAGUGUUUCUUCGAAUUCAUCAACACAAUGUGAAGACAAAAAAAUACUAUUAUCAAGGGGUCAACAAGUGGCUAAAACAAUCAGGGCCGUAGUUGAAUCAAUGGUGGAAAAUCAUUUUGGAAAUGAAAUUAUGGAUGAUUUGUUUAGUAUUUACAGUGAUCUUGUGGGAGAUUUUCUUUACAAGAAGAAAGCUGUCUAUGUUAAUUUGGUUGUUUCUCUCACACGCAAGAAUUGAUUUAUGUUCAAAUUAGUAAAUACUAAACAAAAUGAUCCAUAUAAAAACUCCACAUGUUUAUAAGGGGUUGGAUUUUUAUUUUUUUGUUUUGCUUUUAAUGUCAACUGAUUUAAUACAUGUAACAUUGUGUUUAAACUCUCAAUUGAUGAAAUAAAUGUCA